AUGAAUGAGUUAUAUUCGCUGUGCGAAGAUAUAGGAGAGAAGGACAAAAUUUUAAUUUCGGGAAAAUUAAGGAGUAUCCUUGACCAUUUUCAGAACAAGAAUAAAUGUUACGUUUCCGAGUUCGUCGUCCUAAGCAGAACCAGAUUUUUUAAACCCAUUAGCAACUAUGGCGAAUUCCUCCUCCUGCAGUCAUCUUCCCGGGUGAUAGGUAAUUACGAAAAUAUUUUGCGCUUGUUACAUAAAGCAAAGGUCUACUUGGAAUUUGUCAGGUGUCUAAAAUUUAGUGAAUAUAACCCCAGUAAGAACAAGAAGUGCGAAGAGGAUAUUUUAAAGUUCAUUAACUAUUUGGAGUCAAAGAAGAGGAAAUAUUACUAUCACAUAUGUGGAACGUUGAUCAAAUUCAUCAUUACGUCUCUCAAAAAAAGUGAUACUCCUGCGGAUGACAAACCAGACCUUGCUGAACUGGAGAAGCAAGCCAAUCUGGACAAUUACGAAAAAAGCAGCAUUAAAAAUGACGAAAAGGUUCACGAUUCUACUAUAAGUGAAACGCACAAAUUGAAGGAUAACGCAGAUGUGUGGGACAAAGAAUAUAUAGAUGAAAAAUGCGUGGUCGAGCCCUUUGACGAAUUGGAAGACUAUGGAGAUUACCUAUACAACGUCCUGAAUCAGAUGGAUAGUACAUCAUGGAAGGAUAAAAAAUAUGAGGAGUUCCUAAAAAUGAUUAGCCUGAAUGAUGCCAUUAUAAAUGAUGAUAAUGAAAAGGGAAAAAAUUCAGAUAGUAGAAGCUUCACAAACAUUUCAAAGGUGACAAACAACACCAUUUUGUUGCCAAAGUAUUUGGAAAAUGUAAGAAAUUCUAUAUACAACCAUCAGAAUAAGUCAAUCUCAGAGGUGAAAUCCAUGAUUGAGCAUGCGAUGAGUGAUAACAUAAAAGCUCCCUUGUUUAAGACGGGGAAAAUAAUAAGCGAAAUGCUUCCCUCUCCAGAUUAUGAAAAGUAUUGCUCUAACAUAAGAUCGGAUUUUCUAAACAAACUGGAUGAUACAUCCAUAGUGCAGGACAUGGUGUUCAAAAUUUUCAACCUAAAUAGGAACCAGUCAAGUAGUAGCGCAGCAGUCGUCCCAUCAAAUGUUUACAGCGUGAACUGUUACGACAUUUUUAAAAUUAUAUUAAAGGGGAUAAACUCUCUUAAAAAUGAAAACGAAGAGAUAUAUCUGUUUCUUAGACAGCUGCUUAAUAAAAGUAAGAAGAACUACUCCCACAUGUGCAGCAAGGAAACAACAGAGGAGCAUUUUAAUCCAAGUGAUAAGUUGAAUUACUCCUUCCUGCCAUUGCAUUUGUACAAUAAUACUAGUGACAUUUGCAGGGAGAUAUUAAAAUAUGCCAUUUGUAAUAAAGACUUGGUGUUGACGCUGAAGAUAGUGGACACCUUUUUAACCAUAGCGGUGUAUGAGAACUCGCUAAAAUAUUUGGUGCAUUUUUUGAACACCCUGGCGGAGUAUAUUAUUAUCCCCUACCUGCGAAGUGAAAUAAGAUCGCGUUGUAAAAAGAUUGGUAAUGAUCAAGACCUCCUCAGUGGAAACAAAUCGGAGGAAAAAAAAAAAAAUUGCACCGUAGUAGGUGUAGAAAAUAGUAACAAGGAAUUCUGCUCCAGUUACACAGACUUCAACAGGCUGAUGUGCAAAAUUCCGUUGCACGAAUACGAAUCGCUGAAGUUGUUGGAACUCUUUUCCCUACAGUACCCUAUGUUUUUAAAAAUAAAAAAUAAUCCACAGAGGUGCCUGAAGGAUAUUGUGAAACCUUGUGAGUAUUCCAGUAACGUCCUGCCCACCUACGGAUCGUACAUAUUUCAAGUGGCAGUGUCCUUCGAAAUUGACAAUUCGAUAAAGGUGUUGGAUGAACUUGGCUCAAAGUGCAAGAUAACAUUUCAAUUGGUGGAAGACGAGGGGAGUGAACAAAACAGCACAGAUGGCAGUUCGGAGGAGAACAUGAGUAAACAAAAGGAGUACAACUUUUUGGAGAUUAAUUUUCAGCAGAAUCAUAUGUACACCAAAUUGAUCAAGUCAUCUGGUGCAGAAUCAUUCGGAAAGGAAAAGGAAGACACUGAAAAGGAGACUUAUGACAAAUCGAGCAAAAUAUCAAAUGGGGGGCAUAACGAUCAGGACGCUUACCAGCUUAACAGUAUCAAUAAUAGUGAAGUAUCCAACCAUGAGAGAGGCCAUAACAGAACCAAAAAUGCGAGUAAACUGAUCAACGUGUACGACAUUACCAACAUGAACACCAUCAUAUUUGAUAUACUGAUAGAUCAAGGAUGUUACAGCAAUGAUGGGAAUACUUGCGAUUUUCAAAACGACCAUGGGAAAAUAGUGAUAUAUUCGAAUGGAAGGCAUUUACUAACAACAAGUAUAAGAAAGAAGAACUCCCCGCUAGAUAACAACAUACUAAUAAAUAACAACAUAAAGCUGAAGGUGUACACCUCACGCACGUGCGUCUUUGAGUUUCCAAAGGAUUGUUGCUGGUCCUCUGCAUUCGUAGAUGAAUUAGUAAACAGAAAAUUAAUCCCAAAUAUUAAUCGGAACUUUCUCCUCAGAAACCCGCUUAACAUAGUGGAGCUUUACAAUAAGGUGUCCAUUGCGUUGAACCGCUACAUGUAUCGUUUUUGCGAUUGGAAUGAUGACGAUUAUGGGAAGAUAAUGGAAAAAGAAUCCUCGUACACAUUAUACAGCAACAUUGAUAUUUACACCUUUGAGACGCUAAUUAAGUGCACAGAAAAUAAUAAUAAGAUUUUGAGGAAGCUGUUUAAAUUGGCUAAAGGGUGUGCAGUUCCUGGGGGGGAACUUCUCUCUGAUGGGGAUGAACACAGGAACGAGGUUUACCCGAAUGGUUAUGCAACCCACAGCGCGAGUGAAGCGAACGACCACGUCGGAAUGUAUAGGGAGUACCUCUACGAAUGGAACCAAACUUCCGAUUCGCAGAUCUGCGCCUUGAGCAUUUUGAAGUUAUAUUUGAAGAACAACAUGCAUGUGGAAAAUAAUAGGAUAGAAAAUAGCGAGAACUUUUACUCCCUGUCGGAAAGAUUGAUUACAUCGUUUUUGAAAAUAAUUAAGCUGAAAAGUCCGUUCGUAAGAAGGGACGAUUACUGCGUAAACCAAUAUUACCAAAUGGAGGAGUUGGACCUGAAUGGGAGUUUAUGGCUGCUUAGAAGAAAUGUCUUUCAGAUACUACUAGAGGCUGAUAAAAUAAUUAUAAGCAACGUAUUUAUGAGGAUUCAUAUUGAGACCAUCUUAAAAUUGCUCAAGUUCUUUUCCGAAAAUAACAGCCUUGAUUCGCAGAUCAUACUGAAGGUUUUGAAGUCCCUGGAACAUAAGGGCAUUUUGGAAAUAAUGAUGAAACGGAUGUUAAGUGUCCCGUAUCACAACUGUUCAAGCGUUUCUUAUAGGAAGAUGAACCUAAGCUCAACUGAUCGUUAUGUAAAUUCUACGAACAUGAACUCGUGCACAUCCUCGUCAGCGUCGUCUAAUUCGACUGUCUACAUUGGUAAUGUAGACAACAUAAAUGAUGCGAAUGGAAACAAAAGUAGGGUAGAAAAACGAAAGAAGAGAAAGUAUUAUGAGGAGAACAAACACGAAAUUGAGAGGUAUGAAAAGAGAAAAAAAAACACCAAAAGCAGGAUCAUAGAAUCUACACACUUUGGAAUAUUCGUCGAAGAGUUAAUUUCUCUCAUAAAUCAUCAAACGAAUGAUGCAAUAAAUGUGCCAGUUGUGCAGUAUAAUGAGGAGAGCGAUUUUCUCAUGGAGAACAAGGCGUGUGACAUUAUUCACAAGUUGUGUUCUUUCUAUGAGGAUGAAUGGAAGAAUGACAGCUGUGCAAAUUAUAGCCACUUUGACCUUUGUGUAAAAAUAUUGAAUCAGAUAAAGCAUAAGAACAACCAUGUGAGCAGUGCUAGUGAAGUGGCCUCUAUUUUUUUGCGGGGCAUCGUGCUGAUGCUGACGACGUACAUAUUAACCAUAGCAACGGAGUAUGAAAGUGCGAAAACGUUUUUGUACCAGCCGGUCAUUCCGUUUUAUAAUGCAUACGACGAGAUGGCUAGGGAGGGGGAACCUGACGAUAGGAAAAAGAACUCCCUUACGCAAUUAGGGAAUGCAAAAUGGGCAAAAGGCCAAGUGGAGCAGGUGGAAGACUUUGGGGAGGAUAUCAGCGAAGAAGGAGAAGAGGACGAAUCGGCGAGCAUGCAAUUGUUGCAAAAUGGAUCCAACAUAUCGUCCACCUUGAAGAACCAAUUAUUUGACACAUUCAGCAAUGAACUGGAGGAUAGAAGCAGUUGUAACAGUAAGUACUCCAGUUUUUUUAGCCCGAGAUCGUCGUUAGACAUAGAAAAUAAGCCCUUCUUAAUGUAUACCAAGUGUGAUAGGAAGAAAAAGUCUUGGAUUCCCCUGGUGAGUAGGCAAAAGGAGGGCAUACUGGACGAUGUCAUAUCCCAUUCGGACGAUUCAUCAUCGCAAAUAUAUAUAAACAAGAACGAGUUGUCUGACUUCAUUCAAACCAGUUUGGAGACCAUAAAUGAUGAGCAUAUGGAAGUCAGGACAAAUCAGAGAAAGUCCAUCGAAUCGCAUAAUAGCAAGAGCAGGUCCAUGCGCCUGUCUGAGUAUUACUACAACUCGGACGAGUCUGAUGAAUUCUACAUUAGAAAAAAUUUGCAAGAAUAUAACGAAGCGAAUAGCGACUCGAACAACUUCAAAGCACAACUGAAUGGGAUUAUGUAUAAAUUUUCCAAAAAAAAAAAGUACAUGAAAAAUGGGAAGAAGCUUAAACACCUGAGGAAGAGGAUAAUCAAAUAUAGGAAUGACUCCAAAAAAUUGAACUUUAUAUUUUCCCUUUUGGAGGAAAUAUUAAAGAUAAUGCUGGGUGUGGGGAUGCGCGUUCUUUCCAGCAUUUCGUAUCACUACCUGUAUGAGAAGAACGGGUUGCACAAAUUUAUAUACAUCUUUGGGUCUAAGGUUAUUCGAAAUGACUUGAAUGAGAAAACAUCAUUUCUAGAGUUGUGUGAAAAUAUGAUUAAGCCGAAGAAUCUGACCCUCUUGCAAGCGUGCAAUUUUAUCAUAAGCGGAAUAAUACCCUGCCUGGGAUAUGUCACCAACCUUUUUGUGGAUAAGAAAAGUAACAGAUAUUCCUACAUCAAGGAAUUGAAGAAUUAUCUGUCGUUAAAAAUGGCCCUGAAUAUAUGGCCCAUGUUUUUGAAGAUAACAUUGCAGGGGUUGUUGACAUCUAGACACCUCUCCUUCGAAAUGUCGGUGCACAAGGACAGUUUGCACCCCAUUGCCGAGUGUUGUAUAAGCAUUACAAGUUUGGCUACUCACUUCUUAACCUUCUUUACUGUCAUGUCAGACAAUGUGAGCAAAUAUGAAAUAUACGUGAAUAUGAGGAAAAGCCUGAUGAGCGGGAACCCGUACCCCAUACCGCUUAUUCUGAUCAAUGCGGCAAAAUAUAUUCGCAUUUCUUCAAAAAGGAACAAAUACUUCGAAUUCGAGAAGGCCAUAAGGACUAUUCUGCUUCAGCUUACAGACUGCUCCGUGUGCGACUAUGAGAACUACCUGUUCAAUCAUUACAUAAUUCCGGAGAGCAUUUCCAGCUUCUUAUCCGCUACGAAAAUGACUGACGAGGAGAUGAUCAAGGAGGGGUCCCCCAACAGUAUAUUAACAAAUCGAUCCAACAAUGAAAUUAACAUAAGUGAGUUUAAGUCUGUGGCAAAGUCUUACAUGAAGACGUACAAAACGAUGUACGCAGAGGGGGAGGUAAUCCCUCAGAACAAUUUUGAAGGGGAAAAUCUUGUCAGCCAAGCCGAAAGGGAGAAUGCACCAACGGGAGGUGGAUCCACCAAAAUGUGCACUAAGACAAACAUAGAAUUUUUAAAGAGACUGAUGAAUAAUGACAAGGAUGCUGUAAAGUACCUGGGCACAUUUUACAACGUCUUCCACAAAAAUUUCGAAAGAGCCCAAAUAGCCUUUGUUGCGGUGUUUUUGUACCUCAUCGGUUAUAAUCACAGGGAAGGGAGAGACAUGGAGAAUGACCCACAUGGUGGUGUAUACAGUAGGGAAAGAAAGGAAAGUGCCCUCAUAAGUGAAGCGCUGGAAAUGAAGAAAAUAACCAUAGCGUGCAAUUUGGCCAAGCAGGGGGUAAUUGACCUGAUAUCGAAAAGCCAAAUACAGCAUCAGAAGAAGAGCAUCGAAGGUAAGUUUGAUUCAAAGUCCAAGUGGAGUGAAGACAAAGCGAAUGACAAAAGUACGGAGUUCCUCGAAUUGUACAACAAGGGGUUGGACCAAGUGGAUCAAGUGGACGAUGCGGAUGUUGCGCUAGAUGAAAAGCAGCAGAGCAUUAACUCUACCAAUAGUGACGAACAGAACGAAUUUCUGUGCAGCAAGAAUGUAGGGGAACAUGACCAACAACCCCCGUCAGAUACAGAACAGGAUGGGUACAUUUCGCCCAAUUUGAGGAAGGAAGAAUUGAACUACCUGAACGAUGUGUUACCAAACACGGAGAAGUGCAGCAACGGAAGUAGCGAACAAUCAGCAGUAGAUUUAAUAAAAAGGAAGAGGGAAAAACAAAUUGAUAAGAUAUUAAAAAAGUGUGAAUGGAUUAUUAAUACGUAUCCACAUGGCUUAUGCCCGAUAGUUAUCAAGGACAAUUUUUCACAACAAUGGGAUGAGCACUUUGUAUUUAUGCGACGAAAUUCUUAUGACAUCCCCAUUACUGCUAGGAAGAUAUACUCAGAUCGUAGUGACUUCCACUUGGUGCAUGAAGCCGCCACUAUGCCAACCUUUGCCAGCUCGUUAAAAACUAAUGUUUCAUCAAUGACCUAUUUUGAUCAUAUCCUUAGACACCCAAAUAGUAUUGAUGAGAAGUUGGAGUGUAUACAAUUUAGCACGGAGAAUAUUUUCGGAAAAGGGACGACCAAAAAUUUGUGUCUUCUGAAAAGAUUGUUAAAAACGUAUAAAAGGAAUGUUAGUUUGAAGGAGUACAAUAAUGGAGAUCCCAAAUCGGACAAGGAGAACGGGGUGAAUUCAAAGCAGAUAGAUAUGUACGUCCGUAACAGCAAGGCGAGGAAUUCCUCCAACAGUUGCCCAAGUUGCGACAGCGCCAAUUUUUACAAUGAUGAGUCGAACUUUUAUAUGCAUUACAACUUUUGUGAAAAGAACAACGAUCAUUCGAACAACUCUAUUAUUAUGAAAUAUUCCAAUCGUGGCAAGAAUAAUGUGAAGCAUACUAUAGGGGAAUCCUUAUGGCAGGAUUCUCGGUUGAUGAAGAAUUAUAUUUCUAACCAGGUCAAUGAUGUCACACCAGGGGAAGAGCUAAACUCAACCAUGGUAAAUUGCAAAUCUGACUUUUAUUUUUUUUCCCCCAAAUCGUUUGAUGAAAAUGACCUCAUUAGACGAAACAGCAACAAUGGUGGCAAGUGGGACUGUAACGCUGGGUAUGUUACCAAGUACACGAACUCAAUGGUGGAUUAUGAGGAAAACCUAUCGGAUCAUAACAUGUCCGAGGUGCAGAAUAAAUGUGAUGGUCUUUCCAAAACGGAGAAAAUGUUUUCCAUGCGUAAACAGGACUUUAUUCAAGAAUACCAUGAUCAAAUGACGAAUAAAGGGGGGUCUGAGAAAAAAAAAGAAUUCCCCACUUUUGAAUCUUUUAGAGGUAAGGUCACCACCCCGGUUAAUUCGAAAGACGUGGAGGCAGAGGUAAUCGUAAAUGUUAACAGCAUCAUGGAUCAGAGCGUCGACUCGAAGGACUUGUUGCAGUUAAAGGAAAUACUAAGCUUUUUAAUUAACGACACGGACCUGGACACCGUUUUGAAUAUCAUCAGAAUAGAGCAGCUAACCACCCUGUGUCGUUACCUCAUCAGUAGGAGCUUAAAGUCUAUGCUAUGUGCAGGCAUUUUUGGAGGUAUUAAAAACCCCAUAGUUAGCAUGAACAAGAAUAAUAAUAAUAACGUAUGCCCGAAUAAGCGAUCCCAAAAGGGAUAUAACUCAAACUCGGAUGACAUUAAAAGAACGAAGAAGAGUAACUGCAGUGAGAAGGGCGUAGAGAGAGGUGAUUUUUGUGCUAGUGUAAAUUAUGCCAAUGCGGAUAAUACCAACAGUGGUAGUGUGAAUAUGACCUUGGGUAGUAAGAACGAGCAAACUAUGUCAGAUGGGAAGCGCCGUCUAGUUGAAACGCACCUACCAAGCGGAAACAAAAAGGAGAAGGGUAUGUCCUUCCACAAGAAGAACAGACGCAUCGCCCUCUGUGAUGAUGGCAAAAUUGGCACGCUCCGUGAUCAAAGGAAGUAUAAAAAUUUCGAAACGAGUAAAAAGUAUAAUAAGGAUGACAAGAGGAAAAAGGGGAUAUUUGAGCAGUGGAGGCAGAAAUCCGCCAAAAGUAUGCAAUGGCCAGUCAUACUGGACUUGCUCGUACCGUCCUCCAGCAGAGGUACAUACGAGGACAACAAAGUAAUUUCCAACAUCGAGCCGUCCCUUUUUUCCGUGCAAAAUUAUGGCUGGAUGUUGCUCAAGUUGUUGCAUAUUAUUACGAUAAAGUUUAGGAACGUCUCUCCGUUGAAGAACGUGCUUACGCAGAUGAAUGAAGGGGGUAAAAACGGUGAGAGUAGUAACCCGUGUGAUGGUUUAAAUGUAAAGAACCAAUUUUCGCACCAUUAUUGGUUCACGCAACCGAUGGAGCACGCCCUGUCUUUUACCCUGACGGAUAUCACGAAGAGCACAUGUAUAUGGUACCUGCGGUACAAUCGAAAAAUGCUGGCGAACUCGUCUAGCUUUUCGCAAAUUAUAAAAAAUUCCAUGAACACGCUGUGGAUUGAAAGUGUGUUACGGUUGAUAGCUUUGCAAAUAUGCUUACGAGUGAAGCCCCUGAAUGAUAGCAGAUAUGUUGUCCCAUUUUUGUACCAUAUGCUGACCAUCUGCCAGCCGCUACUUAGGGAAGUCCACAUAAACAGUGAGAAUUUGAAGAAAAAGAACAUAGGAGGAAGUAGGAGGACAAUUUUUAUGGAUGCAAAUAAUUCGCUAUUCGAAGUGAUGUGUUCUCAUUGCCACAAAUGUAUAAGAGGAACGUCUAAAAAUGUGAACUCUAAAAUUUUUCCCAUUGGAAAGAAUUUAAAAAAUAUUAAGAAAAUGAACUCCAGCGAAAUGACCUACACGAAGAAAGGUUGCAACACCAGUGAGGAGACCAAAAAUCUGCUCGACGUGAAGGGAUAUAUACAUUCAGAACGUGUACAGAAAAAGCAGAUGAAAGUGAAGCAAAAGGUGUUGCGCGUGAGGAACUACAAUUCGUCAGAACAUGAGAACGAACAUGAAGUCGUAUUGGACAAUGUAAUUACUGGCAUUGUUGUGUACCACGGAAGGGUUAACGAUGGUGUGCCUGUAAACAAAAAAAUGAUUUUGCAAAAUUUGAGCGGUUUUAAGGUAAGGAAGGAGUACACGCACGAAAAUCAGUAUUGGGCGUUGUGCACACAGCAGUAUAGCAAUUCCCCCCAUUACACAUUGCCGCUGCGAAAUGUGAAUAAGUCGGUUAAGCAUACGAACAGAAAUAUUUUCCAAAGGGAAGAUGACGAAUCGAACUCAUCUUAUUAUUGGUCUAUCAGUGGGGACCCCGUUUAUAAUAUUUACGGUAAUGCCGAAGCGAUAUCAGAGGUGCAGCUAGAAAUAUGCGUCAACAAAAAUUAUGAUGCGUCUGUGAGGUCCUUCCUCAAAAAGAACAAUUUCGAACUGGAACUUUCCAUCAACAAUGACGUGAAUGACGUGAUAAAUAUUUGGACGAAGAAAAAGGCAAUUAUUAUAAACAAGGAGUUAAUAGAGUGCACAGAUCCGUGUGGGGACAGCCUUGCAGACAAUUCACCACGAAGGGAUAAAGCAGUAGAUAAGGAAAACGAGUUAGUAGCAAAUGAACUAAAGAAUAUUUCUAACCGGGAGAAGGAGUUAAUCAACUCAGUGAGGAAAAGAAGCCGAUUUGAAAAUUACAUAAAUCGGAAUUAUGAAUACGCAUCAGAACAUGUUUGCCAGUGCAGGAAAUUCUCCACCGAUUAUGACCUUCCAAAUGAGGAGAACAACGGCUCGUACAAAAGUGUCCCAUCUGAAAAUGGCAAAACGGACAUCCAUACGGGAAGGUAUGACCAGAACGAUAACUUGAAUUAUAAGAAACUAAAAUUGAUAAGCUGGAAUUUGAUAAAAACGAUCUUGUGGGGAAUCUUAGUGUCUGGUGAAAAUGGCCAGGGAGAAAAUUCAGAUCAAGUCGUCUCCGAAAGUAGAACAAAAUGUGUAAAGACUAAUCCAGGUAGUAACCCUCCGGAUGAUAUAAAUGAGGACUACUCCUAUGGGAAUAACUACACCGAUUAUAAGUCUCAAUUUUAUUCGCUUCAAAGGAAGAGCCUCAUAGAAUCUGUUCUAAAAAUGAUCAUGUCAGUUUUGAUAAAACUGUGCAACAUUGUAAAGCUGUACAACGAAUUGACAAAAAAUCAGCAGGGUUCCUUCUACAUCAGAAUUGGUAACACAAAAAUAUGUAAGCAGCAAGUGAAGGAUUGUGAGAAGAUGAUCACUGAUUUUAUGUAUACCUUAAUAAAUUGUGUUCAGAAUUCCCCCACUGGGGCGGUGACUCUGUUAAGGUGCUUUCUCUUCGGCCAGGAUAAUCCCACCUACCGUUUUAAGAAACUGAAUAAGCUCAACGUAAAUUGCAAUUUUUACAGAUUGAUCACGGAAUGUAUUAAGAAAGCUCCUAACGAUGCGGAUGACAUUAGCGUUUUUUUCAACAACUACUUUGAUAGGAAGAUUGUAAACAUGCAAGGAAUGGGUCAGGACAAUAAUUCGACGAACCAAGUUAGGAAGAUCAAAACGACGACCGUUGCGUCGGUGAAAGGGAACUCCAGCAGUGCGGCCCAGAACAACGUGUCUGCGUCACCGAAGGAUAAUCCUACCAAUGGAAGCUGCAUAAGGCAUAAAGGAACGAACAUGAAAAUGUCUAAUUUUUUCUUUAAAAAUUACAACACGAGUGUGAUGAGAAAUUAUAAGCAGAGUAAGAUACAUGGGUUCUUCCUCCUGAGGUGUUUGCCCCCCAUUAAGAUGUUCCCCAAGCAAUUGAUCUUACAGGAAACGAAAAAGUUGUUCAACAGCGAGGUGAGAUUUUCUCAUGAAAGUAGUGCCGAAUCGACGCCUAAGGAAUAUGACGACAGGAAGGGUGUAAAUAGUGCAAAUGAAACGUGCCAAAAUGACGACCUACCAGUGAAUACAACUUCGAAGGAGAACAUUUCUGUGAAUUACCAGAUGGAUAUAAAUACGGCCAAUAAUGAAGGAAACUCCCAAUGUAACAGCAUCAAUGAUAUAUUAGGAUUGAUACCGAGGGUAUCGUACAGGAAUCACCCCUUUGAUGAAUUACCCCAAUCGGAGUUUUUCAUGUCUAGUAGGCCGACAGACGAUUUUGAAGCCAACAUGGAAGGAAGAGUUUUAAGGGUGUUGCGUGGGUUAAAUUUAGGAGGUGUCGUUUUAUGUCUAGCACCACUGACAUUCCCUGCUUUGAAUAUUGGUCCGAAUGAAGUGAACGAUAUAAUCAAUUUUCGUAUUCAGACGAGAGGCCGUUUCGGCGUGACCGUUGCUCCAGCAGAAUGCGUUUUGUCCAACGUGUCUGAAGUAUUUGACCGAAAUGAUGUAGUUGGAUUUCGCACAAGUAUGUGUCCUCCCUUUAGGCAUGACGUCUUUGCCGCGAAUGUGCAGUAUGAGCUAGGCGAUUUAUUGAGCGUAAAAUUUAAUGUAGAAGACCAGCAGAAUCAGAAAUGCCUACGAACAGAACUAAUGGUCUCAGGGGUCAGCAUCGGAUCAGUUCUUGAAGUGCUAUUCGAAGCAGAUUCGCAAAUCGAAUUUGAACGCAGAAUGAACUUAAUAUUUAUUUUUCAAGAUCCAAUGACGAUAGUGUAUGAGGGUCCAACCUUCAGCAUGGAGUACGUAGAUCCCAACAGUAGGAAGUCCAGGAAUGCCAGAAAUGAAAGGGAAAAUUUGGAUGAAGAAUACCUGAACGAAUUUUAUGCCAUUACUGGGCAUAACAAGAAGAACAUAAAAAAGCAGUUAAAAAAGAUAAAACUGAAGAAGAAGGAGUUCUACGAAUCGGUGAAGCUUUAUCAGUCCAUCCUCGAUUCGGACAAUGAAAUAUUGAAGGACCUGAAGCAUGAAGUUAUAAUAAGAAUGAACACAACGUUGACUAGUGUAGCAGAUUACUUGAGAAGGAAUUCAUCAGCAUAUUUAUUCAUGAACCGGGGAGGGGAGAACACAUCACACGUUGGCAAUUUGGGAAACGUUCCCCAUUUGAGCAAAUCGAAGAGCCCUAAAUUGACACUCCUAAAUACGCAGUCGUGUGAUGCACUGAGAAAUAAGGGUCCUGCUAACCUUAGUAAGGAGAGACUCCUCCUGGAUAAGAGCAAGAACAAUUAUGUGCAUAAAAAAGGGCAGAAUUCGGUGUACAGCAGUACAGGAGGGGAGAAAUAUGCAGCGCGAGAGGGUAAUGCUCGAAGGGGUCACAUGACGGAGGAAUUCACCCUUUCGGAUAAGGACACUUAUAACAUAAUUAAUUUUAGCGAAAAUGCAAACGGAGCAGACGACCCCAAUAACGAUGUGAAGUCGAACGAAUUGCACAACCGUACAUCGGAGGUUAACAAAUUAAUGCAACAGGGGAGUGACCAGGUGUAUAUCCCGAAUCAAUGUUCGUCUCUCUACGUAAAUGUGUACAACAAAAAAGGAAAAGCAGUGUUAGAUAUAAACAAAUGUAUCAGGGAAGUUCUGUCCAUCAUAUGCGUUUUAGGAUUAAAUGUAUGUCCGGAAGAGAAGAAAAAAUUUGAGGAUAAAAAUCAGGAUGGUAAGAAUUCCUCCAUUGAUGAACUUCCCUGGUUGUCCAGCUUAUCCGAGUUGAAAAAUUCAGUAGCGUACAGUUUGGACAGAAAAUGCAUCGAGCUGUUUUUCUGCAAUUUGGUAGACAUCAUCUGCAGUGAUGUUUUCGUCCACGCGAUUUUUAAUUUUGUUACGAAGAAAUUGCACAAGAAGGAUCAGGCCAUGGUCAGCAAGGUGAAGCACAGCACAAAUGGGGCCAAAAACAACAAAAGGGCUAAGAAGAAAUUUAAAAAUUUAAGCGAAUUCGAGUCUAAGAAGGUUGUUGAGGCAGCGGUAGAUUCGUAUGGACAGCAUAAGGCAAACAAUGAGAACAGCAACAACAGCACAAAUACCUUAAACGAGAUCAGUAUAAACAAUUGUGGCUGUGUGGACAAUAGUGCAACCUCAGGAAAUGCUAACAGCAAUAAUGAUAACUCUUUAAUGAAUUCAAUUUUUAUCGAGGAGAAUGAAUCGUUAGAAGAACAGGAAGAAAGUCAGCUAAGUAAUGAAAAUCAGGAAAUGUUUGUCAGGAAGGAGAAGCUGGUAGACACGGUAUUAGACAACAAAGUUUCAGAUUUUAAAAAUACUACCUUUUCAGAUAGGGUUAGGAAAAAUGGCUUUUUCGAAUAUAGCCUUUGCUUGAUUGGAACCAAGGCAAUUAUGUGUUGCUGCAUUUUGUUGCGAACUCUGCUGGAGAUGAAUUCCGAUGGGUUCUAUGAACCUAAUGAGAAUGUGCAUGGGUCUUUUAAGAAGCUUCUAAGCUUUAUUAAGGUGUUUUUCUUCGUGGAUGUUGGCAUAAGUGAUGCGCUAAUAGUGCAUUUUGCGAGGAGUAACUCUGUGAACGUUGAGCACAUAUUUGGUAGGGGCAAGAGGGCAGCUUCUCAAAAGGGAGGUGCAAAACAUGGUGAAGCACAAAACACCAAUUCUGAACCUGCCGUUGAGAUCGCCUCCUCCUUCGUCGGAAGCUUCAUCAAAAAGGAAGAGAAUGAAAACUGCAGAUUAUUGUCCGACGAUGUGAAAGACGUCUAUUGUGCGGACCGCUAUGCCCCCGAAGGAAGGAGCAGCGUUGACAAGGAAGGAACGAAAAACGAUCACGUAAACUUGUUAGAAAUUCUAACGAUUUGCGGAAUUCCAUCGGACUUUUUCCAAUACUUUAACAUAAGAACUCCAGUUAUUAAGAACCAGCAGGUGAUAACUCAAAAUGACACCUUUGAUUUGUGGAUAUACAUCAUGAACCUGGUAGCUUGUUUCAACAGCCAAAGUAGGUAUUCCUUAUCUUUCCCCCAGAAUGCUCAUGACCUAAAUAAUGGCUGCGUGAAGAGUGCCCUUUUCGAUUUUGAGUAUUCCACUUCGAGUUUUUCCAACAAGAUAGUAAGAAAAACGGCCAAGUUCUUUGCAGGGUGGUUGUUGAAAAAGUAUCUGAUCGAUUUAAGCUGCGUUAUGGCAGCCUUAGUGCCAAAGUUGUUUAUGGACGAGCUGAGGGAAAGCUUGGUAAGAAUAAACGAAUGUGCGAAGGUAGCAGAGGAGGUAGGGCACCUCAACAAUGGCUGCUUAGAUGUCACUACAAGGGGGUCCAUUCCGUCCAAUAAUAAUACCAUUAUGAAAGCAACAAGAGUGAAGAGCAGCAAUAGGAAAAAUGAAAUAUUUUCGAAGGAAAGUGGGGAAGACAAAACAAACAUGAUGUUCAACAAAGCGUCAAAUGGUAAAGUGCACGAUUCGUGUGGUGUUAAAAUGGACGGAGAAGAUAGCCAGCAUGACUUUGGUUACGACCCUGCUGAUGGGAAUAGGAAUGGCGCUUUGUCGACGGAUGACGAGUAUACGCAUGACGAUAGAGACGACAGUUUGAACAUGCGAACGGUGCACCACAACAGUGAGAGAAGAAGGAACAAAAUAAAUAACAUAUCUGAGCUGAUGAUCGGCGCGCUGAAGAAUAAGGAGGAGAUGCUAAACCUAUUUAGCGUCAUGUACCUCUUCCGUAUAUGCAUUUAUUAUCUAUGCAGAAGCAAAGAUUUUAGGAAAGAGGAUUAUUGGCAAGAAUACCAAGGGCAGCUUAGAAACUCUAGGAUGAAACAAAAUGUGUAUAAGUUGCUUAACGAGAAAAGUUCCAAAUGUUCCCUCCUGUUCGGAUGGCAAAGGAUAUUCUACCAGUGUGUAAUUACUUGGGAAGAUAAAAAGUUGGUAGAUCAGCUGCUGCUUAUAAUUCAGUCCGAGUUGCUAUACCAUUUAGUGGGUUCUAUUGCUCAGAGCGUGUCUUCAAAGCGAGUGAAAGUGGACAUGUUCUAUGCCAUUUCUCCGUCGGUUCACGUUGCGCACUGGAUGUUGGAUACAUUUGUUAGACAUCCCCUCUGUCCAUCCAGGGUACGAUCUUGCUGUGUUACUCCCUUGGCAGUAACCUCCCUCUUUGGGUUAAUUAUGAAUGGGAAUAGACUACCCACGUUUAUUGGCAUAGAUGCAUGCAGACUGGUGUAUUGGUCUAGUGUAGCGUAUAUAUUACAAAAUAGUCGGAGCGAUAAGAAGUAUAAGAAAUUGCAGGACAUUGAUAUGAUAACGCAGUUUAACGUUGAAGUGGAGAUGAUGAUGAACGAUUACAAUUUGAAAAGUAAGGACUAUAGGAACACCAUGGAAUGGAAAAAUGGAAGACACAAUACCGUCCAGCAGAAGUACAACCGGGUGAAGUGCAACUACCACGCAUUUUUGUCUUAUCUUUUUAACUGUGUGCACAUCUGUGGGUCCUCCCUUUUUAGCCAAAUUUUGAACCUGAAUAGGGAAAACAAUUACAAAGGGGUAAGCAGUAAUAAAAACAAACCCAUCGACAUCAGCAACAACAAUGUAAGAAAUAAUAACGAGCACGUGAACAAUAUAAUAGACAACCUAAACAACAACAUCAGUGAUAUCCUCAGCUGCAUACAGAACUCUGCAAACAACAGGAUGGUAAAUAAUAACUUCAACGGGAUUAGCAGUGUUAGCAAUGAAACAAUCUACAAUUUGAAUAUAGCCAACAGGGCCAGUCCAAAUAUGUCGUCCAAUAAUGUGAAUAACAACAGCCUGCAGGAAAACACGGACACGGUGAACUCGUGUAAUAAUGGCAACACGCCUACAACGCCAAACACGCUAUAUUUAAACAGUACUGUUGCUAGUGCGAAAAAUGAGAAGAAGUUAACUCACAAUUUUUCCAAUUUUGAUCUGUUUGAAAAUAAGGAAAAAAGCACCUACAGCACUUUGAAGAUUAACGCAGCGUUGCUUAUACACUACUUCGCUUGUGCUGCGUAUUAUAUUAAGAAGGCCGAUAUGUGUAACAACAUGAAUUUUUACGAUGAGCAUGUGCAUACCAAUUUUAAGCAGUACUGUCUUUACCUGUACGUGGUGGAUCACGUGUCAAAGUUGUAUGGUAAGAGCGUCAGACGGAGAGGACAUCACAAGGUGGAUGAAUCGAACGUUGGAGCAGUUUGUUCCCCUUCGGAUGGCUUGAAGAAAGACCCAAAUGAAGGUUCGCAAGAGUUGUGCGAUUUUGGAAUUAAGAAGGGGGCCCAAAAUUGUUCCCUUCACAGUAGGGAGGAUGAAGAAGAGAAAAAGGCUACCACACUCAAGGGAGACAAAAACAAGCACCUAUUCUUUGCUGAGAAUAACAGAAUUAUGAAUACCGUAGACAGAAGAGACAUUCUGGAUGAGCCCUACGAGGGCAACUACCCCGAAAUGUUCGUCGACAAUGUGCUACAGUUGAACAAGAAAGUUUGUGCAAAUGUCAUAAUUGAUGUUGAUGAAAAAAUACACCACGUAUGUUCUCCGAACGCAGAUGUGGUUAAGCUGAAAAUAAAGGAUAUGUUCCCCAUACCUAGGGAAAAAACGGAGCGCUUUGCACAAGGGGGGAUAUUCCCGCACGGGCACCAUGAAAAUUUGCACAAGAAGGACAGUACUGGAUGCAACAAUCACAGUGUAGAUCGAGUCAUGCAUUUAUUGCAGAAGGAAAAGGAACAACUUAAGCAUAUUAGCAGAAAGGCGAUUGAAUACCCUUCGAUAGUGUUCAGCGCGGACAACGAUUUUCACUACGUUCUACAAGAAAUUAAGCAUAACAAGGUUCAAGAAUUUCUGCUCCUCGAAUCGAAAUGUUUAAGUGCGGACUUAGAUCUGCAAAAUGUUGGAAGGGUCAAUUUGGGUACCCAUAUCGAACUAGUUGAUUUGUGUAACUUGCCACGGGAAUUCAUUUUAAUGGGAGAUUCCGAAAUAUACUCAGGUGCACACAACUCUUCCUUUAGCAUUUCUCUUGGUGUGUCGAAUAAACUGAACGGUGCAGUGAACCCAUUUAGCGAUUUGGUACACAUAGAAGUGGGGCUAUUAAACGUGAGUGUCAAUUAUGAUUCCGCACAAAAAGACACGUCACAGUCGCACAGCCUGGAUGAACCGAACGUGGACGAAUUGAAAAGGUACAGAAAUUGUAAAAUGUCAGUCAAUAGAGAAUUUUACGAAAACAGCAAAAGACCUAAUUCGCACAAACUUACGGAGAAUAUGCUCAUUAGCUAUAACAAUUACGGACAAGAUGAUCUUGAGGAAGAAAAAAUGUUAAAGUAUGCUUCUUUCUUACCGAAAUGUGUGGAGAAAAAGGUGUACGCAAAAAGGGCAAAUGGAAAUAAGUACAGUGGUGCCGAUAGAGCAGAUGCGCGUCACCCAAAGGAGACUAAACAGAUUAGGAAGAAUCAUUUGAGCUACUCCGCAACGAACAAAAGAGGCAAUCGCAAUGGCAGUAAGCGGUUUUCCAUAAACAGCUACGAAAACGAAGGUGAAAAUGAAAAUGCCAAUUAUGACAAGUAUCUCAUAUCCGAUGCGUACAACAAUAUUUCCUACUCGAAGACGCUAUCCGACAUGAGCGCCAUGAAUUCGAAUGAUGAAUACGGCAGGGUUAACAGUUCUAUCACGCUGAAUAUUGCGGACGGGACGGUGAAGACCAUGGGGUUAUUUUUCGACGGGGAUGCUGAAAAUGUCAAGUCACUUAUGAUAAAUAAAGUGUCCUCCACGGAUAGCAUUAUCCUAAAAGUGAAGGUCAUUGGGAAGCAGGUUCUGUGGUUCUCAAAUGACACUCUAAUUUUUCGAAAAGAGUUCAGUGCACAGAUGACAAAUUUUGUACCACUCAUCAAGGUAACACCCAUCAUAUCGCAGAACAAAUUAGACAAAUUUCAGCAUAGUAAUUAUGGCAGCUGCUCAAUUCGAAUGAAGUUUAUGGACACGAAUGAGAAGAUAUUCGUAUCGCCGCUGACCAACUUUUACUUUAAAUUCGAAAAUGCACACAAAAUGAAAUAUAGGAAUAAUUGCGCUACAAAUGUGAACAAAAAUUGGAAGAAAAACCUGUGGAAGCCUACCUGUUUCGUCCUCCCAGAUGCCGCCUGUGCAAGUAGAUCCUCAACCAAAGUAGUGAAGAAGAGCAAAAUGCCCCUCAUCAUAGCGCAGCCGGAUAAUGAAGUAUUAGUACAUUAUUAUAAUUCCAAGUCUAAUCACUUGUGCACCGGUGACCCCUUUUCCAACACGUUAUUUCUAACCCCCAAUAUGCAAAUAAAAAGUGAGCCAGUACACUUUGCCAACGUUAUGCACUGCAAAGAUGUUCAGGGGGAAAAAUGGAAUUUUCUAACCCUAGAAAAUGUCAAAUGUGUGAGAAACGUACCAGUCGUAAACUACUACGGCGUUGUGAAUUCCUUUAAGCAAUCAGAAAUGAACAAAAUGGACUUAGACGGAUUGAACAAUGGUGAACAGAAAAAUGGAAAGGAUAUUGGCAGCAUCCAAAAUAUAACCAACAUACAGAGAACGUGUGCAAAGAUUCUCGAAACGAACACAAAGAAGGACAUGGAGAAGGAAAGCUCUAACGUAAUGAUUAAGGGGGGGGAAGUGAACCUGCACAACCAUUUAAAUAGGCUGUGCAAAAAUGAAGAUAUAGGAGUAAAUGCGAAGAGCAAUUUUGACAUUACACAUAAUUAUUCCAAGACAAAUAAGAGCAAAACCAAUGAAGGGAAGAAGAAAAUUUUAAAUGCCAACGUGGGGCUGAAGACGAACUACUACGAUGUAAAUGAUAUGAAUAGAACGCAUUACACUUCCUACUAUAAUGAGUUGAUUCCGGAGAAUAAUGGCCGCAAUUUUAUGCACAGCAACUACAUCAAUGAUUACUUCACCACCAGUAAUGACGCCAAUUUGCACAUAAAAUAUAGGCUUCACAAUUUCCACAAGGUGAAAAAGGAUUAUUCGUAUAAUGUGAAGUACAGCUCCAUACAGGAAAUUAACGAUAGUACCACACAAGGGAAGGCCAAGUACAUCUUGGAUGAAAAAAAGCAGAGCAUAAACGACUCACACAGGAGGAAAAAACAUAUCAAUAGUAACAAAAUAUUCUGUAAAGAAGAUCAUGUGAAUGAUAACAACUAUUCAUUCAUCAGUAAUAUGAACGACUCAUGUGGCACCCUGAAUGAGGACAAGAACAACGAUCUGAACAACGUCGAGGAUUACUACAAUUUUAGAGAGCACGGGGAGGAAGCGAGCAACUGUUCUAUGUAUUACAUGGGGUGCAAGGAGUUCAAAUUGUGCGUCGAUUCGUAUGAAGCGCUGUUCCCUGCGAAGCAUUUUAUUUUCAACUGCACUGUCAACUUUGAAGAAUGUGAUAACAGGAACAGUACUAAUGAGGUGAAAAACUCUGUGGGCAUUUUAUGGGGAGGGUACCGUUGGUUAUGGACAAGCAAUGGGAAAUUCAUAUGCCCAUUGAAACUACCCCUCUGUGUGGCGGAAUUUCCAUCAGAAAAAAUUGAAGAGUGUGAAAUGGAAGUAGCCACUUUUAAGUCGAACGAUAAUUUGUGUGUAGAAUUUGAUCCUCACCUUCAAUGUCUAUUUUUUUACAAAAAUGGAAAAUAUGAAUUUGGAUUUAAAUUUGACACCUUCUAUAAUUAUAGAAACGGUGGGGUGAACUUGUCAUAUGAAAAGAUUAAGGAAGAAAAAAUGGGAGGUGCUCGAAAUGCGUCCAAGUAUUCCUGCUCGAGCAGCCUCAGCAACGGCAAUGUGAACGAUUUUGGUGCUACCAAAAGUGGGGAUGUCAAAGGGUAUAGGAGUAGUACUAAUGAGAAGGGUCCCCUGCCGAAGGAUACGCAUAACAGUCAGAGAGAGCAGGAUGUGAAGGAUUAUGGUGACGAUGUGGACACGACGCAGGGGUAUACGAACAGUCACCUCAACCCUUGCCAUAACACCAAGGCGAGUAACCUGUGCUCCCACUCCAUCUCCAAUGAGAAUAAGUGCAGCAAAAGAGUCAGUGGCACAAAUAAUAUGAAGAGUAAGGAGAAAAGAACGAAUAAGGACACAAGCAGUAGUGGUAAUCACCACGAGGAUGUUACAGAAGAUAGCGAAAAUAAAACGGUAAUGCGAAUAAAAAACCACGUCAAUAUGAUCAAAUUAUACAACUCGCUACUGCUAAAUGACUGUGAUAAUGUGUCCUCCCUUCUGAUGUAUAACCCAGACCUGCUAGCCAAAUCGGAUGAAACAAAGCAGGAAGUAUCCUUUGAGCAUUACGAAAUAAAUCAGGAAGAUUUUCCAUGCGAACUUGUAUCGUCUAUGAAGAAUAUUAUUUAUGAGAAGGAUUUAACUCCCCUCAUGUUGGCUUGCAGAAUUGGAUGUGAAGAAUGUGUUCAGAAAAUAAUAGAAAUAGGAAAAGUGAACCCUAAUAAAGCCUGUCACAAAGUGGAAAAGGAAACGCCCUUAAUGGUUGCUGCACAGUAUGGGUACAGUCGAAUCGUGAGCAUGUUAGUAUGUGUAUAUGGUGUGCAGAUAAAUAAGAAGGAUGCUAAAGGAAACACAGCGUUGCAUAGGGUGUUACUCAACCCGUGCUCAGAUGAUGGGAAGAAAAACUGCACCUCGAAGAUGGUGCAGCUGCUACUCAAAUUAGGGGCCGACGUCACUUUGGUGAACAAAAAAGGGUUAUCUGUAGAAGACUUGUUGCAAAAGAAUUUAAUUAAAAAUAGGAAGGUUGAAGCUGUUUUAAAAAUGUGGAUAAAGUUAUCCCUAAAAAGUAAGAUGAAGGACAAGGGAAGUUAUAUCAAUAAGGACCUCAUCCCUGGUUUGCUUUCCAACUGUUCCGUAGUUGUUGGCUUUCCCAUAUGCUCAAAUAACUCCAGUAGUAGCUACUCCUCUGUGAAGAUAAACUCCUUCAUCAUUGGGGGAGAAGAGUUAGUUACUGGUAGAAGUUACAAACAGGUCGGUAGCUGCGAUGAAGAGGUGCACUACGGCCAUUGCAACCAGAAGAAUGAUGAAUGGAAGGGAAGAAGGACGGACGAGGAAUACUACAGCUGCGAUAAUUCGUCAAGAAACAUGUCCAUAUCGAACUUUUGCACGGUAGAUGGUAAAACAGAUGAGAAGCAAGGCUUGUCCAAAGGAAGCCACUUUUUAAAGGACGCACACUUUGAGGAACCAACGAACAGGUCGGAUCACGCGGACCAGAAGAAGAAGAAGCCAAUCAGUUAUAAAGUUGACAUGAAUUCGAUAUAUGAGCGGUUUAACAGGAAGGGCAGCAGCGACAGCGGCCACACGAACCAUUUCCCCUCCGUGGGCGAAGGUACGAUAUGCUCACAGAAGGAGAACCUGAGCGAUAUGAUCAUGUGCGAAAUUGAGGAGGAUAACGAAAACCGUGAUAAUAACAACCGUGAUGGUGAAAGCAUCGCCACAGUAAGCAGAAACAAAUUGAUGCGCAAACCGGUGGGAAAGAAGCAAAGUGUGAAUGGCCAAUACGCAUCCGUGGAGGAAGGCAACAGUGAAGACGAGCAAAGGAGUUAUAGUCAAGGUGACCCGUACAAACCAUCAAUGCCGGGCAAACAUUGCAAGGAGAUAAAUAACAUACUGAACCAUUUGAUUGUCCAUUCUGGAGGUGAUGGUAUGUAUGGCGAUACCGACCUGGAGUUCAUAUUGGAUGAAGAAGAGAAGGUAAUUAAAAAUAGCCCUACACAGAAGGAGGGAAGAAGUAAGGAAAACCUUACUUACGAAGAUGUUAGCCGCAAAGGAGGAAAUAUGAAAAGAAAAUGUUUUGUAUUUUCCAGUACGAGGAAAAAUAUGUUCAACUAUCAAGACCUGCAAGGAAGUCUAAUCGAAUUUAUUAACAAGUCGGGUGUUUUUUCUGACGUAUUUAAAAAUAAUGGAUACUUGGAUGCUAAGAGUAUCCCCAAGUUUGAUGAGCUGAAAAAUACGCUAAUGCAGAUGAAGAGUGAGGAGGAUGUUUUUAGAGGGUUUCACACUUUUCUGGAAUUAUUUGACUACUUCUACAUGGAUGAAAGAUUAAAAUAUUUUAUGAACAUCGACUUGAAGAAAAAUUUAAAAAGCUGCCACAGUUUGCUGGACUUAGGGUAUAUUCUUCUCAAAGUAGACAGCUUCUCUAACAUUUUUAACAGCUUCAAGUUGAAGUGGAAUAUGAGUACGCAUGAUGAAUGGAAAAAGAAGCUACUAAAAGGACUUGGAAUUUUCAACGAAUUUCAUGACAUAAAAUGGGUAACAGAUUCGUACACAAUAUAUAGGUAUGAAGAGGAUAUGAUAGAAUCAGCCUCCCUGGUAGAUAAGGUCCUACAGAAUGGAAACAACUUGCUGUUCUACAGUAGCCUCAUGAAUAUGAUCGAUGAGAAAAGGUCUUUCCUAAAAAAUGGUAUGUACGAUGCGCACUUAUUUAGCGACAUUUUUAAAAAUAUCGAUAUGGAAAAUUUGAACAGAGAUGCUUUACUGUACGACUUUUGUUCGAACAAAAAUGUGCUGAAGGAGUACCUCUUCCAUGAGAAUAACAGGCGGCUAAUCUGUAACAAUGACCCUGCAGACGUGACAGACAAGUAUAAGAAUUAUAUAAGCGAAUUUAUUAUGCAUGGUGGCAACAUGAAAGGGUACGAGGAUCAUUACUCAGCAUACGAUGCGGUGGAGGAGGCCAAUGUAGCGAAGGAAAGGAAGUCAAGAAAGUACCACACGUAUGAUAGGUCCUCUUACAGGGUCAACUCCAAGCAGUACAUUCCGCUGUUCAAAAUCUCGAACGAUAUUUAUAACAGCGUGAAUGAAUCCACCAAAGGGGGUAAUAACCCUUCUGAGUUCACUCCAAACGGGGCGGCAAGCACAACCGCUAAUCCUAUCGCUAUGCUUACUGGCGGAAGAGCCUCACACAAUGAGAGCAACGGAAGGGAAGAAAUAACCCCAGAGGAUGCCCCGUGCAGCAGCGCGUCCAACUAUUACCCAACUGGCAGUAACAACAAAAAUGAACUAAUGCACGGAGGAGAUGACAUGAACGGGGAGCACAGCUUGACAAAACAGAGUUCGAUGAACUCUAUCAAGUUAGACAUAGGAGGAGAUAAUCAUCAAGUCAGUAACAGCAGUGCAACGUGUAAUAGAAAGAAGAGCCAAUUCCUGUGCGGGAAGCAGUUGAGAAAUGCCCUCUUCAUUUUGCAUGGGAAUUGCGAAGAGGAGAGCAAUAAUGGCAACCCCCUGAAGCAGCAUUUUCCACAUGAAGCUUCCAAAACGUGCGGUCAUAAGAAGGGGAAAAAUACGAAUGAUUUUAUCACCGAGGAGGAGAGGGAAAAUACCAUGCAUUGCCAUUUUAGUAGCAACAAAAAUGACAUGGAAAAAAAUUACAUCGAUGGAAGUAAUCACUUUAACAUAAUAAACAACAGAUAUGAUAGGAGCAAAAAACGUUCUACUGUGAAUGGCGCUUCGAAGAAACAUAUAUGGAACCCCUCCACCGCGUCUGAUCAUUACUAUAAGAAGCAUUCCUUGGAUGGAAGUUUCCUCCCCGAUGGGUACAGCGAUCAGGACGACAAAGUGGAUGAUGAAUAUGACCUGAUGUGUGAGUUGCAAUUUAUGUCCAAGCCAUGCGAUCAUGACGUGGUGAGAGAAAAAUGCAACAAAAUUUGGCCACACACACUUGACACGUUUGUUCUACAUAUAUACGACUUGAUAAGUAGCUACAUGGACUCUCCUGAAAAAAUAAGUUUAUUUGUAUACCACGCAUUUGAUAUGGAAAAAAUAAAAAAAAAACUGCCAAGUAAGAAUUCCCAAUUGUGGAAAAGAAUAAACAUGUCCUUGGAUGACUUCAUAGAGGAAAUAAAAAAGGUUCAUAAUUUCACCAUGAGAAUUGUAUACCAAAGUAAUUACAAAAUGUAUGGAAUGUUUCCUCCAAACUUUAAGAAGUAUUUUGUGCUUUCCGAUGAAUGUCUAAGAUAUAUAGCGAAAAAUAAAAUGGUUAUGACUGUGGAUUUUUACAAAAGCAACGUAUACGAAAAGAAUAAGAACCUGUUUUUGAAAAUUAUUCAGGAUCGUAUCACUUUGUUGAAUAAGUUUAAUACGUACUUUGAGAGUUGCCUGCCUAUUACGGCUGUAUUGUUUAACAAGCCGGUUAUUCAUCUGGAGGAGCAUGGAUUGCGAACUUUGGAAUGUCCUUUAUGUUUCUUUGCUGGGGGGGACAAGUUUCUACCGUGGAGCGCCGUGAAGGUGAAAAAUGGAGGCACGGACAGGAAAAACGCCUGCUUAAUGUCGCGUGUGAUGACCUACACAGAUAGCAGCGAGGGUAGGAACGCAUCUAAACAGAUUGAUCAUGUUGGAAGUGCCAGCCUGUGUGCGAGAUCGCGCAGGAGAAAGGACGCGUAUGAAGGUCCGAUCGGAGUGAACGAUCAGGGUGACAGCAAAGAGGGCAUCACCAACGCAGCGCCAAAAGUGGAACAGGAUGGAAAGAACAGAUGGAACAAUUUGGCCAAUGCAGAAUCGGAUAAGAACGAUAAUGACGAUAAUGACAGCUGUUCUACUGAGAAGAAUAAUUCCAUCGUAGAGGAAGGAGGAUUGGUUUACAAAAAUGUCCCCUCGCAGAGGAAAGGCGAGUGCAGAAACAUUAGCGGGGACAACGAGUUUAUUAGAGCCAAUUCGGAAAAUGUGCAGAAGGGUAAUCCAAAUGGAAACUUCUGUACCUGUGGGGAGAGCGAAAAGGGAACCCAAGGGGAUUCACUGGUAGAUUGCAUAAGACACUGUAAAAAUGGGUACACUUCCAGUAAGAUGGUUUUAGCGAUGGGCUCUUCAGACCUGCCCGUACAGUUGUCCUCCUACCUGUUUGUUAAGAAGUUGCUCAAACAUGACACUUCGUUAAAAUUGUGGAAGGAGUGUUUGAAAAAUAUUACCACCUCCAGCUCGGAGAAAUCCAAUAUAACGCUCAGAAUAGACAGAGGCAUGGCUGCAACGGCGAAAAAUAUUGCCCACACGAUGUGGUACCAAAGCACCUACUCUUUGCUAAACAUAGACACACAUAAAUUAAGAGGAAAGCCAAGGGAUAGACCUUUCAUGGUGGUAUUUAUAGGAGAAGGAGCAACCGAUUUUGGAGGUCCCUUUCAUGAAUUUCUUUCUUCCAUUUCGAGGGAAGUUAUGGGCAAAUUGUCAGACUCCCCUGAUAAGAGUUUACCCAUAUUUCCUCUGUGCAUUCCGUGCCCUAACUAUACCCAAGCAAUGGGAGGACGCCAAGAUACCGUCAUCAUUAACCCAAAAAUAAAUUCGUACAAUGUUAAAGAAUCCGAUUAUGUUGGCGAAAUAGACCUUAUUGAUAAUUUGGAAAACUUUAGGUGGCAGAUACUCCACAUAUACAAUUCGAUAAGAAAUAUGAAGAAGAAAUUACACAAGUCGCAGAGUGGUAUAUACCAAGGGGGUUAUAAAUCCAAGGAGAGCAAUGAUUCCUUGGAUGAGGAGGAAGGACAAAAUGGGGAAAGUCAACACCUAUAUGAUGAGGACUCCUCCGCAGGUAAGAAAGACGCAAGAGAAAAGUUGACGGAUGAAAAAGGAAGCAGUUCUAGCCAUAAGAAUAGGAGUACCCAAAGUUGUAACAUAGAUGCAAGUGGGACACUGGAAAAAGGCGCUCAGCAACCAGACAGCGGGGGAAAUGAAAAUGAUAAUAGCAAUGUUGACAAUUACCAUUGUAGCGUUUCUGCGGGAAGGCAUGCGGAGAAUACUAGCAGAAGCAGUGGAAGUGGCAGUCCAGAGGGCAAAGACAACAACACCAGUGAGGAAGUGCCUAGAGAUAUGCUUCCUGUACAUGGGGAAGACAAGGUAGCCAAUCGUGGUGUAAAGAACAAUGACAAGAUGUACCUCUUUGGCAGCAAAAAAUCUGUUACAUUCGAAAAAAUAGAGCAAGGCAAUAGGACGAACUUCCAUGUGGAUAACAAAUACGACCAAAGAGGCUCAUACGAAAGUUGCGGCUACGAUAGCGACGUGCUCGAAAUUGUGAACAACAUAUCGCUCAAAACGAGACAUGAUUUUCUGAACAAAAUAUUAAAUAAGAAAAAAAACGAAACUGAAAAAAAAAACGUACCUAGCCAAAUGGAUCAGAAAAAUGUCCACUCUGAUAGUUUUAAAAAGAAUAACCAAAAUGGUAAAAAUUGCAAGAAUAGCAAAAAGUAUAAUGAUUUGAAGAAAAAACAUAUGAAUAUGGAGUAUGAUGAGAAAACUACCACAGCAAUGGAAUUAGCCAUGUAUGAAUCGUUAGGUCGAAUUAUGGGCAUGUGUAUAUGCAUAGCGUCGGCUCUGAACAUAUGUUUCAAUCCAAUAAUUUGGAAGAAAAUAUGUGGAGCUCCACUAGAACUGCAAGAUUUAUGCGAUUACGAUUUCGUCGCUGUGGAAAUGCUUAAAACGUUGAAAAUGGUAAACGGUGAAAGGUCCAGUGGAUGGAACAUAGAAUUGAAACAAUCCCUAGGAGAUAUCACCUUCAUAACGGAGGAUUCUGGAGGGAAUUCCAUCGAGUUGAUAAGAAAUGGAGCCAACAUACCAAUCAAUUUUGAAAAUUUAGAAUUGUUCAUCCGGUUAAUGACUAGGUGCAAAAUGAAUGAAUCAUCUAAAGGGUUGAGAUAUUUACUUAAAGGAUUCAGCUCCGUGAUUCCUUUGGGUAGACUGAGGUUACUAUACGAGUUUACCAAUGUGGAGCACAUGGUUUGUGGUGAAAGAGAAAUAAACCUGGACGUCUUAAAAGCGCAUACUUGGUCGAAUGAUCUGAAAAUAAAGGACAAACUGUUUGCAGUACUGGAAGAAUUUACGAAUGAGCAGUUACAGUCAUUCCUUCGAUUUGUUUCAGGGAGAUCAAGACUGCCCACGACAAAGAAUGACUGGUAUAUGAUCAUAGAUGUUGACAACCCUAACCACAGUAUCAGCCAAACGGAUCAGAGAUUACCCACCGCAGUUACGUGUGGCUUUCGCUUGUUGUUGCCUCAGUACUCCAGCUUGGAAAUUCUAAAAGAGAGGCUCCUCUACGCGAUUAAGAACUGCACCGCAAUCGACUUAGACGCCUACGUGGUGCACGACCAGAUGCAGCUCAUGUACGGGGAGUAA